UCUGCGGCACAUUCUGCUACCGGAAAUAAGGAAGACGAAGGAAGAAGAAGAAGAGGCUUACUCUCCGUUAGCUACCUAGCUACUGCUUGAAAGUAGCGACAAAAUAUUCAGGAUCUUAUCAUAAUGAGUUAUGCAGAGAAGCCGGAGGAUAUAACAAGGGAGGAGUGGAUGGAAAAACUCAACAAUGUCCACAUCCAGAGGGCUGAUAUGAACAGACUCAUUAUGAACUACCUGGUGACAGAGGGUUUUAAGGAGGCAGCAGAGAAGUUCAGGAUGGAGUCUGGGAUAGAGCCUAGUGUGGACUUGGACUCCUUAGAUGAAAGAAUUAAGAUCAGAGAAAUGAUCUUGAAAGGACAGAUCCAGGAUGCUAUCGCCCUAAUCAACAGUCUGCACCCAGAGCUGUUGGACACAAAUCGUUACCUCUACUUUCAUCUCCAGCAGCAGCAUCUUAUUGAGCUGAUUCGUUUGAGGGAGACUGAAGCUGCCCUUGAAUUUGCUCAGUCUCAGCUAGCAGAACAGGGGGAAGAAAGCCGAGAAUGUCUGACAGAGAUGGAGAGGACGCUGGCCUUGCUGGCAUUUGACAACCCAGAAGAGUCACCUUUCGGAGACCUCCUUAACAUGAUGCAGAGGCAAAAGGUGUGGAGUGAAGUAAAUCAGUGUGUACUAGACUAUGAAAACAGAGAGUCAACCCCGAAGCUGGCCAAGCUCCUGAAGCUGCUGCUGUGGGCUCAAAAUGAACUUGACCAAAAGAAAGUGAAGUAUCCUAAAAUGACUGACCUCAGCAAGGGAACCAUUGAAGACCCAAAAUAAGGAUCAAAGUGAAAAAAGUACCACAGCAUCACAAGAUGGACACAUUUCCUUUAUCUAUUCAUACCCCGCAACAAACUGACUCAUAUAGAGUACAACCUUUUCUUUUUGUAAGGGUUGCUUUUUGAUACUUUAUUAACUCAGAAUGUGCAGGAAACUGGAUGGCAUUUUAAAAUGACCUCUCACACUAAAGUGACGUGCAAGUAUUUCACUUGGUAUUCUAAUUUACAUAUUUGUUUAUAUAAAAUUAGUAUACUUAAGUUACACUAGUUUUUCUGUCUUUUGGCAGGGAAAGUUGUUGGCAUUGGAAUGUGUGAAUAAAGCCUAAAUUAGGCUAUCACUUUCUGUGUGUAACCACUUAGAGGAGGAAAAGUUUGAUCAGGAUAAAUGGUUGGCUUAGUGUGCACUGCUUCAAAUAAACAUAUAUUCCAUCCCUAGAAAAAAAGUCUGCUCAGCUAAGCUGUUGGUCUUUCAGCUACUACUCUUGUGUGACGACAGUAGCCACAACUUGAUACUUGGGGUGUUUGAAGCUACUGUUACCUUUUAAAGUUAAAAUCUGCUUCAGAUUUUAUGCUGUAUUGUUGCUUGAGGCAUUAUUAAAAAAAGAUGCCCACAAAGACUUUCAGACUAAAUAUAAUAUUAGCAAUAGAGGGAAAAUCUAGGAGAUUACCGGAAUGCCAUCAAGUGUAAAGGCAGCCUCAGUUUCAGUGUUUUGAAUACUGUUGAUAAUGUUUAAAGAUGUGAAUGGAUAAUAUGUCCGCAGACAUGGAGGCACUUUUACAGAUGGAUUUAUUUACAUUUAUGAAACCAGUCGCUGUUUUGCAAAAUUUAAUGUGCUUUUCUUUUUUUGCUGGGAUAUUAUUUUGCAAUAAAAGUGGGAUUUUUAAACUGGGCAA